CACUCCACUCCAUACAUAUUCAAUCUGAAGUCCACAACGCUCACCCUCAAAAUCGCCCACCUUUCAACCCCACACGCGCAAAAUGAAGUGUCAACGAUGUCGGCAAGCGAUAAAACUGCACGGCUCACUCGACGAUAUGAGUCCGGCAGCUUUCAACCUGCUAAUAGGUGCAUCUGAACACCCCACACUAGUCGAACACACGCCGUCCACCAAACCCGCGUACCCGCCGGACCGCCGAGAAGCGUACGAAAAAGCCGUGCGCGACGCCGGCGGUGCGCCCUCCUACAAGCGGCAUGUGCCGAACCCGCGGUCCUCGCGCACGGCGCAGUCGAAAUCCAUCUACCAGAACCCGGCGGAAUCCUUUGUCGUGCUCACGGAGUCGUCGAUGAUGCCGCCGGCGCCCAGCUUGAGUCGGCAGAACAGUCCGCGGACCCAGGAGUUGGAGAGGGUGGCCGCCGAUAAUGAUCAGAACGCGCAGAGCCAGACCGCGAAGCGCUCCGAGAGACUGUUUGAGAUCCUGAGCGCGAGAACGGAUGUCGAUCAUCCCAUCUGUGCCGAGUGCUCGGAGCUCUUGGUGGAGGGCUAUACGAAGCGUCUGCAGGUCGUGACGAAGGAGAGGGAUGCAUUCGUGGAGUUCCUCAAGCGGGUCAAUGCGGAGAUACCCACCGAGGCGGAACAGGAAGCGCAGCAGGAGGAGCUGCGGAGGCUGGAGGAAGAGGAUGCGGAAGCUUUGCAAGACCUGGAGGACCUAGAGAGGGAGCGCGCGGAGGUCGAGGCGGAGACGAAACGGCUCGAGGAGGAAUCCAGGGAGCUCGAUAAGGAGGAAGAAGAGUUCUGGCGCGACAGGAAUGCGUUUACCCAGAAACUUGACGAGUUCCAGAAUAUCAGGGAUUGCGUUAAUCAGCAGUAUGACCACGACUCCAAGCAGUUGGAGAAGCUCCAGAGAACGAAUGUUUACAAUGAUACGUUUAAUAUCGGUCAUGACGGUUUCUUUGGGACCAUCAACUCGCUGCGGCUCGGGCGGUUACCUAAUCAGGCGCAGCAGGUUGAGUGGGCCGAAGUCAACGCGGCAUGGGGCCAAACACUCCUCCUCCUCGCCACGAUUGCCGAAAAACUCGGCUUCGCAUUCAGCGGCUACCGUCUCAAACCCAUGGGCUCGACCAGCAAAAUCGACAAGCUCGAUCCGCCCAGCUCCGCCUCCUCCACCGAGCCCAAGAUAACCACACUCGAAUUAUUCUCCUCCGGGGACAUGCCCAUAGGCCGCAUGUUCAUGUACAGAAAGUUUGAUAUGGCGAUGGUGGCAUUCCUCGAGUGCUUACGACAGGUGGCAGAAUUCGUCGAGCAGCGAGACCCCACCAUGAAGCUGCCGUACAAAAUCGCAAAGGACAAGAUCGGUGAUAGUUGCAUUAGACUCGCGUUCAACCAGGAUGAGGCGUGGACUCGUGCUUGCAAGUACACGCUCACUUGUGUUAAGUUCUUGUUGGCCCAUACAAGGUAAGUCCUGCUCGAGCGAGAGGCGGGGUCCGACGGUCGAUAACAUUGAGAUUGGUCCUCCAUAGCAAUGUGGCUUAUGCAAGACGUAAUGGUGGGAUAUGAGUUGUUGCAGGCGUUUUUUUUUCCAGCGAAGGGUCAGGCAAGCACGCUUAUUUCUGUUUGAUAUCCACGAAGUUGAGGAUCAUAUUGAUUCUCGUCACCAAGACAUAGCUUGUACACAUACUUGGAAGUAUACACAUGUACACAUCACCGCAUGUUUCUAUUCGCUGCAUGUUUGUCCAGUGUUUUAGAACUGCUCAGGCGUUGAUGUAUCUCCAUGAAUAUGAAUCCAUUCUGCCAACGCACUCCAAUUCUAGGUUAACUUCCUGUGUACAUACCGCAGCAGUGAUCAUGACCACCGCAAUUGCCCAAGCGACAGACCGGAAUGUGCCAUUCGUCCUAUGCAUCUGGCUGAGCGAGUGAGCGAGUGGGAGUCACAAGCGAAA